AACUCCUUGAGGAAGCUUGGUCGAGUUAACUCUGACAGCUGAGGAUUUUUUUUCCAACCAAGCCUCCGCCUGUCCAGCAAAGCACUCACUGACCGUGAAACAGGGAAGCCGCAUCCGUGCUGAAAUAUUCGCUUUUAAAAACGGGAUUUGAGAGCUCGGUUUUGUUCACUGAAAAGCCCUCGGCCAUGCCCGUCGCCGGCAGGAGGGAGCUGGGAGUGUGUCCAUCAUUAUAUUAAGGUUGUUAAUUAUUUACAUCAGCCUCGACUCAGCCAUGGAGGUGUAGAUCGGGGCAGGUGAGGAGUCAUCAUUAUUCAGAAGGCCCUGUGCUCCACUAGCCUCCCCCUCAUCUCAGCAGGCAUGUCGACCCCCGCGUUGGAACUGAACCCAGCUGGUAGCCCCGUUCUGGAGGCCAUGGAGCCCUCCACCCCUCCCUCCGCUCAGGAAGCGGACCCCAACUCAGCGGGCAGCCCGGCGCUCAGCCCAGACUCCUCCUCGCACGAUGCCACCCUGUCUGUGCCAGCCUGCUCCCCGGCCGACUCCGACAACCUGAGCCCUGAUGAGCUGGAGCUGCUGGCCAAGCUGGAGGAGCAGAACAGGUUGCUAGAAGCUGAUUCGAAGUCGAUGCGCUCGAUGAGUGGCUCCCGCAGGAACAGCGGCUCCUCUCUGGUCUCCAGCUCCUCAGCCAGCAGUAACCUGAGCCACCUGGAGGAGGACACCUGGAUCCUGUGGGGCCGCAUUGUCAACGAGUGGGAGGAGUGGAGGCGCAAGAAGGACAAGCUGCUCAAGGAACUGAUCCGGAAGGGCAUCCCGCAUCACUUCCGGGCCAUCGUGUGGCAGCUGCUAGGCAACGCGGCGGACAUGCCAGUGAAGAACCAGUACUCCGAGCUGCUGAAGAUGUCGUCUCCGUGCGAGAAGCUGAUCCGCAGGGACAUCGCUCGCACCUACCCCGAGCACGACUUCUUCAAGGGGCAAGACUCCCUGGGGCAGGAGGUGCUCUUCAACGUCAUGAAGGCGUACUCGCUGGUGGAUAGGGAGGUGGGGUACUGCCAGGGCAGCGCCUUCAUCGUGGGGCUGCUCCUCAUGCAGAUGCCAGAGGAGGAGGCGUUCUGCGUGUUCGUCCGCUUGAUGCAGGAGUAUCGUCUUCGAGAGCUCUUCAAACCCAGCAUGGCCGAGCUGGGCCUGUGCAUCUACCAGUUUGAGUACAUGCUGCAGGAGCAGUUGCCAGAGCUGAAUGUUCAUUUCCGCUCGCAGAGUUUCCACACCUCCAUGUACGCCUCCUCCUGGUUCCUCACUCUCUUCCUUACUUUCUACCCAUUGCCGGUAGCCACGAGGAUAUUCGACAUCUUCAUGUAUGAGGGCCUGGAGAUUAUAUUCCGGGUGGGAAUGGCGAUUCUCCAGUACAACCAGACUGAUCUGAUCCAGCUGGACAUGGAGGGCAUGUCUCAGCACUUCCAGAAGGUGAUUCCUCAUCAGUUUGAAAGCUGCCCGGACAAGCUCAUACUGAGGGCUUAUCAGAUAAAGUACAACCCUAAGAAAAUGAAAAGGCUGGAGAAGGAAUACACCACCAUCAAGAACAAGGAGAUGGAGGAGCAAAUCGAGAUUAAGAGACUACGGACUGAAAACCGUCUGUUGAAACAGAGGAUUGAGACCCUGGAGAAAGAGAGUGCUGCUUUGGCAGAUAGGCUGAUUCAGGGUCAGGUGACUCGCGCUCUGGAAGCGGAGGAGAAUUACGUGAUCAAGCGGGAGCUGGCCGUGGUGAGACAGCAGUGCACGGCCGCCAGCCAGAGCCUGGAGAAAGCGCAGGACACCAUCCGGGAACUGCAGGAGCACAAGGUACGGAAAAACCAACCCACGGAGACGGACCCGUUUAUAUCCCAAACUGAAAGAGAAUUGCUACGAAUUUUACCCCAGAAAACAGAAUCAAAAUGCACACUGCGACCUGCUACCCCUUUUGUCUCGUGUCUGUUUCAGAGGAACAGCCUGCUCCCCGAUGAGAACAAUAUGGCUCAGCUACAAGACGAGCUGAAAGCAGUGAAGCAGCGGGAGAUGCAGACCCUCAACUCCUUCAAAGAGAUGCAGUCGCAGAUCUCUGACCUCAACGAGCACUGGCAGCUCCACAUGUCUCGCUCCUCAGGAGGAGGGGGUCACUGGAAGGAAUCCCCCAAAAAGAACGCCCUCAACGACCUGCAGGACAAGCUGAUGACAGCGAGGCUGAGAGAGGCACAGGCCCAGGCAGAGACCAGGGAGCUCCGACUGCAAGCAAUGCAACUGGAGAGCCAGAACCAGAUCAACAGCAACCUGCUGAACCGUCAGGAGGUAGAGAGCGCCGCCCUGCAGGAGAAGCUGCAAUACCUCGGCGCGCAGAACAAGGGCCUGCAGACCCAGCUGAGCGAGAUGAAGAGGAAACAGGCUGAGUUAGACUGCAAGAGUAAGGAGGAAGUGAUGGCGGUGCGUCUCAGAGAGGCUGACAACAUGGCUGCCGUGGCUGAGCUGCGCCAGCGAAUCGCAGACCUCGAAAUCCAGAAGGAAGAGGGUCGCAUUCAAGGCCAGCUCAACAACUCGGACUCAAGCCAGUACAUCAGAGAGCUGAAGGACCAGAUCGCUGAGCUCAAGACUGAGAUCCGUCUUCAGAAGGGCCACCAGCAGCGCUUCAAGGACCCGAUGACUGCGUUUGACGGGAUCCACAUCGUGAAUCACGUGAUGAGGGACGGCGAUUCGCUGAGCUCAGACGAGGACCUCCUGCCCAGCCCCCUGGCGGUGGGUGGGCUGCAGGACGCCCUUUACCCUUUGAACCCCGGCAGUGCCUGCUUCCUGCGCGGCGUGGAGAAUCCUGGGAAGGACAGCGAUGGCAGCACGGACAGCGAGCAGGAGGAGAGGACCUCUGCGGCACAGCUGUACGCACACAUGGUCUGUGGGGAUAAUGUAAACAACUUGGAAAACUGAGACCAGCAAGUCACAUUACUAGCAUUCUAAUUAUUAUUACUGUUUCAUUUAAAGACUGACCUACCGGUGGCAAUCGCCAGGACUAAUCCUUAUCACAACACUGCAACCCUCGUAGAAUUAAGGACACAAAGUCCCCCGAGCACAAUACCGUAUACUGAAAAUAUGUGCCGGCAAUUGCAGCAGUUUUCACGCCAAAUUGUACGCAACAGUAUGCUUUUGCAGCACUGAAACUUAUUGCCAAAUGUACAGAUGGCAGUGUGUUUGUGUGCAAAGGAGAUUUUUGUCAACACCCCGUUAGGAACUUUUCAAACCUUCACGACAUGUGAAUUUGAUUGACACACACACACACACACACACACACACACACACACGUAUUGUCUUCCAUACCAACUAUUAAACUAUGAUAAAAACACAACACUAAACCCCCCUUGAAUUAAAGGUUGCUGCAUUUCUCAAAAAAAGACAGGAACAAAAACUAAGCACUUCUGUACUGUCACAAACGUUGCACUGGCCACUGCAGUGACCACAGUCCAGUCCUGCACAGAUGAAUACAUCUGAAACUCUGGGUGUGGGAACCAAAUUUUAAAAAAAAAUUAAAAAAAUGAAUUCACUUCUGCACUGCGUCACCUAGCAAUCACUACACUGCCCCAUCCUUCCUACCGUUCCACUCCUCCCUACAGUAUUUCUUCUAAGUCUUUAUCUCCAGUCUUUUAAGUCAAGCCUCAAGUCUGGUAGCACCUCGAAAGCACUCGAUUCAAGCAUAGCAGCAGUGGAACAACUUGGUCUGAAGCAGACAAACUGCCCCCACCCGUUCUUGAAAGCGGGCACUACAGUACUGCACUGGAGACCUGCAGGGGAAGUUUGUGCCCUCAUUACAGCGUGGAGUUUCGCAGGAUCAAACCAGGCAACAGAAAAGGCUUGAGACAAACAAGCGAACAGUUCAAAGAGUGGUCCUAUUGAUCUGAAGCUUAACAAUCUGGAAACUGUACACUGAUCCAGAGUAGCCAGAAUUAUUUUUGGUCACGUUUUAUUUUAAGGGCCGCCUAUUAACUAUUAACAGCUAAUAAACAUGUUUCUGUUAAUUGUUAGUUAAUAUAUAAUAGGCUAGUUAAAACUGCAAACAUGAACCCUAUGGAUGAUCAAUACCCAGUCGAACAUAUACUUGAAAUCGGUUCAAAUUGUUACUGCAGUAAUGUUUAGCAAAUUAAAUCAGGUUAUUAUUAACUGCAGUGCAGAAGAGCCGGGCUUGUCUGCAUUCAUGGUGAUAGAGCUUCUAACCUCAUCUCACUGACCGAGAACAGCGUCCAUAACGGCAGUGCAGCACACAACACUGCCUGUUACACUAGUUUAUAAAGAUCUUAAUGUAUAACUCAAAAUGAACAACAGUUAAUAAACUAAAAAAGUGGCCCUUCAAUUAAAACGCGACCUUGAUUUUUUUUCACUGCCACAGACGAAAGUGUGCUGCUGUCAGCCACGUAAACAAAUAAAACUGGUCUUCCAUGCACUGUACUGUACGUGUGAGCGGGGGCUGUUGGAAAAUCUGCAGCAGGAUGCGUUUCUGUCUGUGUGUCAACCAUGUCUGAAGCAACUCACUGCGCCGCCCACCAUGCAAACUUGCAAUCGUGCAACACCAUGCUGCUUAACGAAAACAUGCAAUCAGAAGCCCAGUGUCUGAUUAGCACACUGAGUGAUGCAUGCUUUGCUGCUUCAAAGCCCCUUCCUUAACUUCAUUCCCUGAGAGAGGAGAGGACCCGCAAUGUCACAACUGAACAUCAACACAACAUUCAUCUCCUGGACUCAUUUGAUGCCACGCCAUCAUAACAUUUAAACCUGAGCCUGGGUUUAGUGUACCUGAACUCAUAAUAAAACCUGGGCUGGCUCAAACUGCUGUGAAACGAGAUGCCUGCUUCUGUUUGUGCAUGGGGCGGGGAAUCCAUGCAGAGUUAAAUUGAACGGAAAGAUGUGUAGCCCACAAACAGUGCUUUAGUUUCAGUUUUAUAUUGGAGAUUGAGAUCAGGUACAAGGGAUGAAGGAUUGUGGACUUUUUUUUUGGAAACUCACACGGGACUGUGGGGGAAAAAAAAAAAAAUGACGUACUGAACAGUAAUUUUUUUUUUUAUUUAUGUAUUUAUUAAUUUAUUUUAUUUUUGAUAAUAUAAAUAACUAACUUUUCCUCUGGCAUUAGAUAAUUCCCUGUCCCAACACAUUUUCAUUAGCCCAUGCACUCCCACAUCCAAGGUGUGGUUUUCCGUAAGGAUUUGAAAUCCCUUCUUAUUAUCCACAGUGCCAUUUUCGCUGCUCCCCUUAUCACUGUGCUGCCGAAGUCCUCAUUUCUUAAAGGGUUAAUCCUGUUAAAUUCUUUCUAGAGCAUCACUCUCCUUGCACUUACAAUAAUCUGUUUGCAACUCUGGCAACGAUGUGCUGUUGGGCUUUUCUGAAUCUACAGAACGGGUGAAUAACCGUUAAAUAAACCUUUUAACCACUCCCUGGGAGCUGUUUAAGCACUAAAAAGUAAGCUGAGUUUAAAAUCAUUUUUACAAUGCUGCUCCACACACUCAUCACAGAAUGGAUUUCUCUCUCUCUCUGUCUCUCUCUCUCUCUCUCUCUCUCUCUCUGUAUAUAUAAAUAUAUUUAAUCGAAAUAUGAAUAGCUGAUAUACAUAGAUUAUAAAUAAGUAUGUAUAUAGAUAUAUACGUUUGUGUGUGUGCGUGUUGUGCCUUUAAAAAAGGCAGACCUAUUUGGAAUUGUCUUACUUGUAUUAUAUUAGAUUUAACUUCAACACUACGUACUGUUGCCAAAUCCUGUUAUUUUGGGGGUCCUUUUUUCUUUUUUUUUUCUAUAAACUUUAUACCAGUGGUAGCCAAACUUUUUUUCUGUGCCAACACGGACCCAAAGUUAGAGGGUAGUGGUUAUGAUAUCGAUAACAAAUAAAUAAGACAAGAGAAAUCCUGAUCUGAUCACACUGAACGUGGGACUUGAAUUAAAUUGGUACAGGUUUGUGUUCCAACCCAGUCUUUAUACAGAUAAGCUGCUUUCUGAGAUUAUGGGCUGUAUUUUCAAAGCGUUUCCUCCAUUCUUUAAUUAACACAGAUUUAUUUUUUUUAAAGGCGAGGAAAUCAUGCCGAUGAGAAGCGAAACAGCUUGAGAGGGCUGAAGAGAACUUGCCAUGUAUAUCUCUUAGCAGUUCGGGUUCUAGUUCUGUAAAAUUAGCAAAGUGUGUUUAUCUUGUUCAAAAAUAUAGCCCAUAUUUACUGCAGUCUUUAAUUAACUCCUAUUUUGAUGACAAUGCAUCAGUAACACUGAAAAACAAAAUCUUAAUUCAGAACACAAGUGCAUUUAUUUAAUUUGAUGCAUUACAAUUAUACUUAACUUUUGCAGUUAACAAAAUUAGAGCAAGUUAUCAUAACAAGAUAGUUAAAGAGAAAAUAAAAAAUAACAGGCAGUUUAAAAUACCCCCAAAAAUACAAAGAAAUCAAAUGAGGGCAGUGGCACCUAAUGGGUUAAAAAUGUGUACGAGACCUGCAGUCACAUGACAUGGAUGCCUGCUAUUCAUUUUGUGCAAGUUUAAUAGGUGUUUGUACCCUUUCAGAAAAACAGGAGUUAAUGUUAGACCACUUAGUGCUUUAAUUAUGCAUCUAAAAAGUCUCCUGCAUUUUAUCAUUUGUGACUGUGUGUUCCUUUUCUCUUAUUAUUUUAAAUGAGUCGCAUGUGUGGCCUAUUAGGUAUCAAUUAAAUUAGACAAUCACUAAUUUGCCUAUUUUGAUAAUUUUCCAAGAUUUUCAGUUCCAGUGGUUUGAUUCCUAUGUAGAACAAAUCAAAACUAAAUCGGUGUUGUCUUUCCCCUCUGACUGGAUGGAGUGAUUUGUUUUAUUGGUGCGCGGUUGUGUUGAGAUCGCUGUGAAGAACCAAAGCAGACCGCAUUCUAGAAUUUCAAAGUAGCAAUGCUACCAUGGGGUUUGGCUCCACAAGAAGUUGUGCAAACGCUAUUCAGUGAAUCGUGUGAAUUGCUGAUGGUGCUAAAGUUCCCUACAGAGGCCGGUGAGUUGCUUGAUGUAGCUUGCAGUGGGACGAAAAACGAGGCAGAGAUUCAGUGAGGUUGCAGUGUCUCAGAUUCAGUGAGGUUGCAGUGUCUCAGAUUCAGUGAGGUUGCAGUGUCUCAGAUUCAGUGAGGUUGCAGUGUCUCAGACAUUCAGUGAGGCUGCAGUGUCUCAGAUUCAGUAAGAUUGCAGUGUCUCAGAUUCAGUGAGGUUACAGUGUCUCAGAUUCAGUGAGGUUGCAGUGUCUCAGAUUCAGUGAGGUUGCAGUGUCUCUGAGGUUCAGUGAGGUUGCAGUGUCUCAGAUUCAGUGAGGUUGCAGUGUCUCAGAUUCAGUUAGGUUGCAGUGUCUCAGAGAUUCAGUGAGGUUGCAGUGUCUCAGAUUCAGUGAGGUUGCAGUGUCUCAGACAUUCAGUGAGGUUGCAGUGUCUCAGGCAUUCAGUGAGGUUGCAGUGUCUCAGAUUCAGUGAGGUUGCAGUGUCUCAGAUUCAGUGAGGUUGCAGUGUCUCAGAGAUUCAGUGAGGUUGCAGUGUCUCAGAUUCAGUGAGGUUGCAGUGUCUCAGACAUUCAGUGAGGCUGCAGUGUCUCUGAGAUUCAUUGAGGUUGCAGUGUCUCAGAUUCAGUGAGGUUGCAGUGUCUCAGACAUUCAGUGAGGUUGCAGUGUCUCAGACAUUCAGUGAGGCUGCAGUGUCUCUGAGAUUCAGUGAGGUUGCAGUGUCUCAGAGAUUCAGUGAGGUUGCAGUGUCUCAGAGAUUCAGUGAGGCUGCAGUGUCUGAGAUUCAGUGAGGUUGCAGUGUCUCAGACAUUCAGUGAGGUUGCAGUGUCUCAGACAUUCAGUGAGGCUGCAGUGUCUGAGAUUCAGUGAGUUUGCAGUGUCUCAGACAUUCAGUGAGGCUGCAGUGUCUGAGAUUCAGUGAGGUUGCAGUGUCUCAGACAUUCAGUGAGGCUGCAGUGUCUUAGUGCAGGAUACUAUUCCGUUUUUAUUUUAAGGUUGAGUUAAAUGACAGAUUUUAAAGAGCGACUGGGUAUGAGGGUUAAAUAGAUUCUUGCUGUUUUAAAUUCUCUUUGAUGGGAUCGUGAGAGCUGUAUUGAGACUACAGGGGUGUUUUAAACUUCUACAAAGCGCAUCUAAACAAGAAUAGUGACAGCACUGUAUUGAAUAAUAACUGAAAGCUCCCACAUCUUUGCUGUAAGAUUUGUUACUGUGCAUCUUAGCAAUGACCACUAACCUGAAUACUAGCUGAUAACAUCCCAGUUAUCCAGCGCUGCCCCCCUGCACUUUUAAUAAUAAUAAUAAAAUAACAAUCACUAACAAACCUUGUUCUAGAGACCUCACCCUCCAAUCCUUGCCUUGUACAGUUCAAACUUUUUAAAAAACCCCUCGAUUACAAUGACUGAUGUCCUUGUGUAGAAAUUAGCUAUCGAAUACAAACCCUGCCUGGUUUUCAUUUGCAAUUUUUCCUUCGUUUUGAAAAACGUUAGGAAGGGAGCGCUCUUCCCUCAGACACACAGCAGCCUCAUUAAAUCAGACGGGCAGUACCGUAAAGCUUGUGCUACAAGUGAGGACAGAGUAGAGAGUCUCUCUUGCGUUUCAGUCGUUUGAAUGACCGCAGACUCUGGAUCAGGGGAACACAGUACUGAGAAAGAUUUAUCGAAAGGAACUUCACAGUAUCUACCAGUCUCAAAGCGCAGAAUGUAAUCGUCCAAGUGACUCCUGAAUUAUUUUGUAUGGCCCGGUCUAUAUGAGAUGUAAAUAUGUAUGUCAGACUGAGGCUAAGGUUCGGUGUCACUGGGGUAGUUUACCUGUUAACGUGUUUUUAAGAAAACAGGAUUGUCAAUCCAGGGACUGUGGUUAAUGACACUGCCAGGCACUUAAAGGAUGGGGCUGGGUACAAUGCAUCCAGAACCGCAUGCUCCAGUUUUUUUGUAUUCCCAAAGCAGAGCUAUACAAUACAAAGCUGUACGCCUGGCAAGAUUAUGCUCAUCAUACAGUACAGUGUGUUGUCGUUUUUCUUUCCGUAAUACGUGGUGCAAGUUUGAUCAGCAUCUAAUAGUUUUAACAUUGAUCUACUUCCACCCAGUCCCAUAUAUUUGUUUAUUUAUUUGCUUAUUUAUUUAAUUCCAAUUCCAAUUCAAUUCCAAUUCCAUUUCCAAAUCAUUUUUAAAAUCAAUUCCCAAUUUCAAAAGCAAUUGGAAUUGAUAUUUUAGAGAUAUAAUAAUUGUUGUGAUUGUUCGACUGCUUUCAUUUGAAGCCAAUUUAAUGGACUAACAAACAGCGACUUCAAUUGAAGUAGUUUGUUGCCGCUGUGAGAAGCUCAUUUUAACAGAAUACUGCUCACUGCAAUUGGGAGCGGUGAUGUGUUGGAAGUUGAUUAAAAGGGAAUUGAAAUUGGGAUGUAUUUUACAAUAGAAAAUGGAAUUUGGAAUUGGAAUUGGAAUUUAUUUUACAAUAGAAAAUGGAAUUUGGAAUUGGAAUUUAUUUUACAAUAGAAAAUGGAAUUUGGAAUUGGAAUUGGAAUUUAUUUUACAAUAGAAAAUGGAAUUGGAAUUGAAAAACAGGACGACCCCGACCCGGAUCCAGUACUUUGACAGCAAAAUAAGCAUAAUUUGUUGUAGCAACACUUCUGUGCAUGCAUAUUUUUAUCAAGUUAUUGGUGAUCCAUUCAUGCUCAGUCCCUUUUGAAGUAGUGUUAAAUGCCUUUGCCUGUAUCGGUCUGAUGUGUUCAGUGCAGAUUCAGCAGGAUUGCACACUUUUCUGAUUAAGGUAGAUCUAAAAGUAAACCGAUCUGGGAGCAGGAAUAGUAGAUUUGUCUAGACCUCCUUGCCGUGACAAUGCUGUUCUGAAGCUCUUUAUGCAGCAUCUUCAAGAAAUUGUUCACCAAGAAUACAUGUGCUCAUUUGGCAAAGCUUCUGCUCCAAGCGGACCUGGGUUCAAUUCCAGUACCAUCUUUCUUUUUUAAUAUAUAUAUUUUUUUUCAUCGAAAGGGUCAGUUUUAUGGUAAACAGGGUACUUGCAAGAACCCCUUUUUUGUUUAUUUAUGAAUGCAGAUCUUUGUUCUGCGUUUUAAACGGAGGCAAACUUUAGUGUUUGGUCACUAGAAAAAGAAAAACAUAAUCAGUAUUGUGUGCUGAACUGUUGAGCACUUUAAGCCAAAAAGAGGCACAUAACAAUGCAGGUUUACUAAAUCACUCUAAUUCGCAGUAGUACUGCAGUGGUUGGGUUAGAACUUAUUCUGUAAUGAAAAGACUAGGGGUGUGCUGAUGCUCAGACUCGUGAUUGCCUUUCAGAAGCAUCGACCGGCAGGUAUUAAAUAAAUCCAUUCAUUAACGUGUUGAUUUCAAAACAAGAAAAGCCGUCCUUCCCUCACCUUCACAACUGAGUACCAAUCAGUGGCGAUUAACAUCUACGUUGAGUGUUUUAAAAGCCGAUCAUCCAGGACGCUCAAUUGCCAUUGAUUGGUACUUAAUUGCAAAGGUGUUGGAAGGACAGACUUUCCUGUUUUGAAAUCAGGAAAUAUUGCAUACUCUUCUGCUUCUGUAUUUGGGGGGGGGGGGGAAUACAUGUAUAUAUUUUGUAUUUAUUUUAUUGUUAUUUAAAAAGAAAUCUUUAUAUGAAUUCAGAGUCUGCCAUUUACAUUUAGAUUAUUUUUUUUUUUUUUUUUCUGUCCUCUUACGUUUUUCUGUCCUCUUACUGCUCUUCUUGCAAUUAAUCAAAUUCUUUCAAACUCCUCGCUCCUCAGUUCUGGUUUUCUGCCUGUAAUAAUUUAGAUCUUUAACAUCAUGUCAUCAAAGAAACUACAAAAUGAUAUCGCAAAAGUCUACCGGAAGCCAUAAUAGUAGUUGACGGUAUGUAAUUCAGUAUGUAAAAAUUAUUCAGUAGAUUUCAUUGAAACAAAAUUAAUUCAUUCUAUAGGGUGAUGCAAAACUUUUGGCCAGAGGAGUAGGAGCAAGCACCAUCUACUACACAGCUAUACAUUUCAAUAACAGCUCAACUCUCUUUACAGAAGUAAUUGCAAGCUCCCUUUUGUUUUAGCACAUGGCCCUGCCUUAACUUCUUGUAAAGACACUUGAUCUGAUCUAGCCUGUGUUACACACGUCCAUGGCAGUUAGCUAGGACUAAGGAACAGCCCCUGAAUGCAGAGUGAAAGUCCCGUAUUAAUACAAAGAAAAACACAGUAUUUGAGUAAUAGUUGUUUGAGUAUUUGAGUUAAGCGUCACUAACAAGGGUUGCAAACAUCAUAAAAGGGUCUGGAGAUCGAAAAAGAAAAUGAGACACUGUAAUCUCUGAAGAGGUUUUUUUAAUAUUAUUUUAUUUCAGAGGGAUACAGGGUGUUCACAUGAAUGUGAGGAUGUACAUUUGCAAGAAAAUAAAAUUGACAUGAGUUUUUUUAUUGUUAUUUAAUUUAAUUUAAUUUAAUUUAAUUUAAUUGCUGUUUUUUGUUUGUUUGUUUUAGUCGUAUAAGAAGACAGUGUUCUCACCAGGCGUUUUAAAUGCCCACAUGACCAGGUGUUUUAAAUGCCCACAUCACCAGGUGUUUUAAAUGCCCACAUGACCAGGCAGGAUGUGAUAAAACCCUAAUCUAAAAACAGAGCGCUUAGAAGGUAGAUUCCCACUUAAAACAGCUGCUACUGGAGACAGAAAAAACAAGGUCCCUAACCAGAUUGGAGGUUUAAAGAACGCUGCAUUUUGCUUAUUACAUUUCUGGUGCUCCCUUGUGAGAACGCAUAACCACUUUGAAUACUGCUGGUAAUUAUAUGCAGAAAAAUCUGAGUGGCCCAGUUUACAUGUUCAUACUUACUCUGAAAAGGCCAGAGAAAUAUCGAACCAGUCAGCUGCAGCACAACUAGACUCUUAAGAUUCGGAUGUAGAGACUAUACAUGUAAGGCUGCAAUUCUUUCAAGCUAGCGCUGUUUGAUGGAAUUACAGUCAUAUACGCACAGUCGGAGUGUACAUUUUAUAAGUACUUGCAAACUGUUCAGAUUCUAUAGUUUCUCUGUUUUCUUACAGUCGUAUUGAAUUUGUGCACUGUUUUUUCAUUAUUGCAGCAUUUUAUUAAAUUUGUAUAGGUGUAAAUGUUUACUGAUAAUUGUUGUCUUUUAUUAAAUAGUUAAAUUCAAUGCAAAUAAUUCUAGAAGGACUCCAGGAUUGGAGUCAAGGACGUUUCUGUAGCACUGUUCACCACAACUCUGGAUAACGAUUCUGGUGAGAGCACUGAUCCAUCUGCCUGUAGUUUAUUUUGUGUACAUGAGGGAGAACACAUGAACUCACAGAAAAGACAGUAUAGCAACUAACCAGCUAGCCGUAGUCGUAGUAAUGAUGAGAAUACGAGUAAUAAUUCAUAUUUCAUAAUCCUAUAUCAAAUGGUGGUGGUCUCUCCCUGUAUUUCUUGUGUUCGUUGAUGCCAUGUAAUGCUCUGCUAGAAAAUAAAUACAUUUAAAAAUAUAUAUAUAACAUUUCUCUGUGACUUUUACCAUUUGCUGUCUUAAAACCUUCGUAACGAAAGGAAAUACAACAUUUGAGUGUUCUGUACUUACAAAAAAAAGAAAGAAAAAAAGAUCAAAUAAAACAUUUACACCAUGAA